AUGGAAGAAGAGGAGUUCUUUGGAGAAAAAAAAUUCCAGCAUUAUUGCGCAGAAUUCAUUAAACAUUCACAGAAGAUAGGUGAUGGUUGGGAAUGGAAAACUUCAAAGGAUUGUUCUGAUGGCUACAUGUGCAAAACACAUUUUCAACUUAAAAAUGGGUCACAUCCAGAAACAUCUGCCCAUGUACAGACAUGUCCUCCUACUGAGGAGGAUUUAGAGCUACUCCCUGAUGAUUGUGAAGUGACCGAGACUGCGGCGGCAUUGGAAGUGAUAAAAUAUGAAUAUCAUGUUUGGUAUUCCUGCAGCUAUCAAGUACCUGUGCUAUACUUCAGGGCAAACUUUUUAGAUGGAAGACCUUUAACUCUGGAGGACAUAUGGGAAAGAGUCCAUGAGUGCUACAAGACACGGCUUCUACAGGGACCAUGGGAAACCAUUACCCAACAGGAACACCCAAUCCUUGGGCAACCCUUUUUUGUACUUCAUCCCUGCAAGACGAAUGAAUUCAUGAUUCCUGUGUUAAAGAAUUCUCAAAAAAUCAAUAGGAAUGUCAACUACAUCACGUCAUGGCUGAGCGUUGUAGGGCCAGUUGUUGGUCUGAAUCUACCUCUGAGUUAUGCUGCAGUCACCUCACAGGAUGAAUGAAAUGUUGAUUGGUAA